CCGGCGUUGGAAACACGGUCAACGCGCUUGAAAAGACGCUGACAAGCGAGCAGCGACGCGUCGAGUCCUUGGAAGAGGCCCAGAAGACCACAAUGGCCUACUUCGAAAACAACUACAGAGAGUACAUGGCCAUUCGAUCGGCCAUGGAGAGCUUCUAUAUAACGACUGCGAAGGCAUUCUGGGAGACCAAGAAGCGAGGUCAAUGCAAGAAAGCGUAUGUCAGCUGCAGAUUUGAUAUAAGUGACGUGACUGACGACUAUGGUAGCGAGCCCGGGCCGAGUUUCCGCACAGUUCCAUUACGUUUGAGCCGCGAACACCUUUCUCAGAGACCUCUGCACAGACUGAAUGGUCGGAGAUAUGGAAUAGAGCUCUUAACCUCCACUCUGAGAUCACACGCACGCAAGCUCGAGCUCAGCGAGUUGCACAACCUGCUGUAUCGUCCGCAGCUGUACAGCCCCAGUCAAUGGCUCAUGCAUCAGAACUCAGUGGUGCAGCUGGGCGUCCAGGCGAGCAUGGAGCAGUGCUUCCGGCAAACUAGAAGCCUUUGUCUGUUGAGGAAGAGCCUGAACCUGGCGGACAUUCCAGCACACAUGCAUUCGCCAGUAUCAUUGAUAUAUCGCACACGGCCUGCGGUCCAUUAAUAUGGGGAGGGUAUUCAUUUUCUUACUUCGUUACGCGACAUCAGCUCAAGACAUGCUGUAGCCCCUCUCCGUACUCUCCUCGUUCUCGUCCAUCAGGGUUGGCUCGAACUUGUCCUUCCGCGCCUGUGUGGCACCCGAGGCCUUCCAGGCCGACAGGAUCAGGUCAACAAUGGCAUCGACACCCUGGCCCUUCUUUACGACCGCAAAUAUUGUUGGCCCG